AGCGAAAUUAUCGAUUUUUGCCAUUACUAGACAUACAUCAAACUGCAGAAGAAGUUGUAAUGGAUCUGAAUUUUGCUGAGUAUCCGUUUCAUAAAACAGAACGAAUUUGAAGAGACGAAAAACGAAGAAUUUUAACUUGAAAAGUUGUGCAAUAAUUUUCUAAGCAGUAAAAAUUAUUUAUCAAAAAAAAACUGAACAAUGGCAGAUGUUGAGUUUGAAGAAUUUCAUCGACCGAUAUUUGAACCACAUGCCAUAAAAUAUAGUAGUACUGUUGGUAGCUGUGGCAAAAAAUCGAAUCCUCAUGCAUUUUAUUCACUUAUUCCAAAUGACGAUUUCGAAGAUUCUCCUUCCUCGAAAAGUGAUACAUCAGACCAAGAAGAUAAUGUGGAUACCAAACUUUCGAGACACGUUGAAGAUGAUGAAAUUGGGGAUGGUUUACGAGUGGUGUCGUUAUCUUCCGAUGGCUCAUUAGAUACUAAUGAUUCAUUUAAUUCACAUCAUCAUCAUCCUUUAAAUCAUCAGGAUACAAUUAGUGGUCUGACGUAUUUGGGAUCCGGCAAUAGUCAGGCUGACUCGCAGCAAUUAUCGCCAAACGGUACCGCAACUGGAAUACAUAUUAAUGCAAAUAAUCAGCAACAGCAACAGCAACAACAGCAACAGCAACAGCAGCAAAGACGUCGAAGAAAAUUACCAGAAAUUCCUAAAAAUAAGAAAUCUUCCAUUUUGCAUAUUUUAGGUGGAGGUCUGGGGCAAUUCACAUUGCCAGACGAUGCGACUGUUGAAAACUCUGAUUGCCGUCGGCGUAUUAAUGCAAUCAAUGCCGGCACUCAAUGGCGUCAAAAUCAACGAUCAUUUCUUACGCUAAGACAUAGUUAUUUACUUGAUGAGGACUCAAGUCCAGAUUCUGAACGUUUACAAAGCUUAGGUGAUGUAGAUAGUGGCCAUAGCACCGCUCAUUCACCCAAUGACUUUAAAAGUAUGUCCCCACAAAUCACAUCUCCAGUAUCACAAUCGCCUUUCCCGCAGCCAUUUGGCGGUGUUCCCUUCUCUCAAUUGGAAAUGCUCGAAGCUACACAUCGUGGUCUGCACAAAUUUAUACCCCGACACCACGAUGAAAUAGAAAUAGAAAUUGGCGAUCCUAUUUAUGUGCAAAAGGAGGCCGACGACCUGUGGUGCGAGGGAGUAAAUUUACGAACAGGUCGUCAGGGCAUUUUCCCGUCAGCCUACGCGGUCGAUCUGGAUUACAAUGAAUUUGACCCCACUGUGCAGCAAGUUAAGAAAGAACGUUACCUAUUGGGCUACUUAGGAUCCGUUGAAACUUUAGCUCAUAAAGGAACUGGAGUAGUCUGUCAAGCCGUACGGAAAAUUGUUGGCGAAUACGGCAAUUCUCCUACUGGCCAAGUUUGCAUUUUAGAAGUUUCUGAUCAAGGCUUACGCAUGGUAGAUCGGUCAGGUCCAAAUAAUAAGAAGGAGAAAAAACCAUGCAUCGACUAUUUCUACUCCCUGAAGAAUGUCUCCUUUUGCGCUUUUCACCCGAGAGAUCAUCGUUUCAUUGGUUUUAUUACAAAACACCCAACUGUUCAACGUUUCGCAUGUCACGUGUUUAAGGGUUCCGAAUCAACUCGGCCAGUAGCAGAAGCAGUGGGACGUGCUUUUCAACGUUUUUAUCAAAAAUUCAUUGAAACCGCGUACCCCAUUGAAGACAUUUAUAUAGAGUAAAAUGCCGCUCGGUAUUAGAGGUUCUAAGCGGCGUUGUGUGUGUGGGUGGGUGUGUGUGUG